AUGGACAGAAGGCUGGAUAAUAUUGAAGAAAAAUUUGAUUCCAGACUUGCAGCAAUAGAGGUGUCAAUUGAAAGGCUUUCGAAAAUUGUUCUAGGCAAGCAACUUGCUGUCACAACAGCUAAUAAUUCUUUUCCACAAACUCAAGAUGUUGUGGCUGCCCAGAGUAACCAACCAGCUGCGUUGCCUAUUCAAAGAAGAGAACAAAUCAACCCAUAA